UCACAAUUCUUAGGCCGAGGCCUGUCAUCUAACAGUGUUCAGCAAAGUGUGUACCGCGGCAUACUGGUGUACUGUGGCCAUAAGUUGGUGUGCCUCGCAAAAAUAAGGUUAUGUCUUAAUGAAAUUGAAGAAAAUUAUAUUAAAUUUGAUGAUUCUCUUAUUAUUGAUAGCGAAAGUGGUAAUUCUGAAAGCCUUUCUGAAUUGCUUACUAAAUUAUUUGGAGAAGAAAUAUGCAAUGAAGUUGCUGGGAUUGAUGCUGUGUGCACGACCUGUGCUGAUGAUGUUCUUCAAACAGCAAAAUUCCUGCAUAAAUGUGAUAACUCUACGAAAUUACUACACAAAGUACUUGAUAACUUGGUUGGUACCUUAAAUGUCGAUGUAAACACUUUGGUGGGAGGAGAGUCCCUCUACAUAGUAGUUAAAGAAGAGGAAUCCAAGCUUAUAUUAGUCAAAGAUGAGAAGGAAAAGAAAAUGCAAUUGCCUAUUAUCAACAACAUACAAUGCUUGCAGUGCAAUGAAGUUUUCCACACCAUGGAGAAUUACAAAAAUCACAACAUGGAUGUACAUGGUAUCUUGUCAUGCCACAAGUGUUUAGAGACUCUGCAGAAUGAAGAAGACCUGAGAAACCAUGAGGCCAGUGAUGUGGUCUUCCAGUGCAACGAGUGCCAUGAGUUCAGGUGCACGGAGAACAGCCUCAAACAACAUCAUAAGAAAAUUCACCAAAUGUUCAUAUGCAAAGAAUGUGGAAAAUCAUUCAAAACUUAUGAUAAGUUACAAAGCCAUGAACAAAAACACCAAAUCAAAUAUAAAUGCCCUAAAUGCGGGAAAACAUAUACCACAAAGGAGUUCUUUUUGCGCCACAGAAAACAAUGUCUGGAAGGCACAUUGGAUCCUCAUCCCAUGAGGAGUUCACUUAAAAAGACUCAUUUUUGUGAGAAGUGUGAUAAAGGGUACAGUACUUCUGGUGGGCUGCGAGUCCAUAAUAGAUUUGUGCACGGUGACGCUAAACCUCACAUCUGUCCACACUGUAACAAACAGUUUACGGCACCAAGUUAUUUAAAAGUUCAUAUGGUCAAGCACACUGGAGAAAAGAAUUUUGAAUGUGAGAUCUGCUUCAGGAAAUUUGUAUCAAAAGAGGCCCUUAUUUACCACAUUAGGAGACACACGGGAGAGAGACCAUUCAGCUGUCAUAUUUGUGAGGAAAGAUUUGUAAACUCUUCAGCAAGGGCUGAGCAUAUUAAGUUUAAGCACAUAGGUCCCACUCUCAUGUGUGAGAUCUGCUCUAGGAAGUUUGUCACACCCACAUUCUUGAGACUGCAUAUGAAAAAACACCAUGACCCUUCUAACAAAUUAUUUGCUGGCAGGUGUCUAGCAACACCCAAUGUUCCUGGAAAAAAUAACAUAACUGUAAAAAUUACAAAAUGAUGUUAAAUUGUAACAAUUUUUUAUAAAUAAUGAGAUGGCCAAGUUUCAGGGCUCACCUGAAGGCCUAAAUAUAUAAUACACGGCUGGUAUUAUAUUAAGUAAAUAUGGUAAACAAGAAAUAUGCUUGAUGAUAAGAUCUAUGAAUAAAUAACAAAGGUAGAGUCACUUCCAAAUUUCAGUGCUGUGAGACAUCACACCAUGCUUAUAAGCAUUCUGGGACUUAUAUAAUUAUAUACAUAUUCUGGGAAAGAUAAUCGAAUGUAAACAAAUUUAAUAAAUGUAUUGUUCAGAGUAAGAUAUUUUAAUUUCAUCGUAUGUACCAAAGAUUUCAAAAGACAGUAAAAAGAUCUAUAUUUUGUAUACAUUAAAGUUUUUCUUUCCCUGGAUAUGGUAUAAAAUUUGAUAAUAUUUUAUUGAGCCUCGGCAAAAUGUAAUCUAAUUGAUAUUUGUUACACAUUUCAUUAUGAAUCAGAGCUUGUGUUGAAAUUUUAAUAUCCCAUAUUAAAAUUGCCUUAUUACAAAUUUGAAGCAUUUCCAAAUGAGUUUUAGUUAUUUAAGAAUGCAUUUUGUACAAAGAAAAUUAAAAUGAAAUCUGUUUGCAUCCUAAAAUUAGUACCUAUAGUAACGAAAAUAUCUUAUGUCUGUAAAUAAUGUUGGCUUGUACUAUGUGUAUAAUAUUGUAAGUAAAUUCAAAGACAUUUGUAUUAGAAUUGUGUUCUAUAAAAAAAACGUGUAUUUGUACUUAUUAUAUUCACAUGUAAGAAGUUAUACUUCUUUGGCAUAACAAGAUAAAAAUCUUCUAAAAAUAUUAUCCGUCGCAUUAUCCUGUUUGUAGAGAAAACGACACUAAUAAAAGAAAAAAUGGGGGCUUACAUAGAUUGAAAGAAAGUUUUAUUAUAACGCAUUAUCUAGUUAAAUAAAUCUUAUUUAGUAAUGUAAAGUAAUUUGAUUUUUCUGAACUCAAUAAUUAUUAUUUAUACCUAUUAUUACUUUAUUUGUACACAUUAAAUAAUAAUGUAAUAAUUUAAUUAAUGACUAGCUAAUUUCAUGCUGUCGAUUUUUCGUUAUGAUAUGCUCACGCAUC